AUGUCCCAAGACAACGAACCAGUUUUGCUUGCCGUCGAUCAAGAAGAGCCGGAGGACUCAGUUCAAGGAGACUCACAGUCAGAAAUUGGAAGUAGUGUGGCUUCGUCAAGCACCAGCCUUCGGGAGUCCAUUCUCGAGUAUCGACAGGAGAAUGGCAGAACCUACCACCGGUACAAAGAUGGAACGUACAUCAUUCCCAACGACGACAGAGAGCUGGAGAGACUGGAUUUGACCCAUUCAAUGUGGCUUCUUGUCACCGACAACAAUCUCGGUGUUGCUCCACCCUGUCAACCUGGUGCCAAGGUCGGGCGAGUUCUCGAUGUGGGCACCGGCAGCGGUAUCUGGGCUCUUGACUUUGGAGACGAGCACCCAGAAUCGGAGGCAAGCAUUCCCUCAGCUCAGCUCCAUACAGACAAUUGCAUAAUCAAGCGGGGAACAAGGAAUGUACCUCCCAACGUUCGAUUCGAAGUCGACGAUGCUGAAGACCCGUGGUUGUACUCGCGACCUUUCCAGUACAUUCAUAGCAGAGUCAUCACUUCAGGCAUCAGCAGUUGGGCAAAUUAUCUGAAGAAGUGCUACGAUAACCUCGAGCCAGGUGGGUGGGUCGAACUGCAAGAAAUCGACCUUGCCCCAACCUCCGACGAUGGAACGCUGAAACCCGAUUCUGCACUGCUCAGAUGGGCAGCCUUACUCCAGGAGGCUUCAGAGAAAUUUGGACGCCCUUUUGCCAAAGUUCCUCCGCUGAAAGAUGUCAUGGUGGAGGCUGGCUUCGCCGACGUCCAAAUGACGGUGACGAAGUGGCCCAGCAACUCGUGGCCGAAGGAACAUAAGUGGAAAGAAAUCGGCAUCUGGAACUGCGAGAACAUGCUCACGGGUCUCGAAGGAUUCUCCAUGGCUGCGUUGACCCGCGGCCACGACUGGUCUCGCAGCGAGGUCGAGGUCUUCCUCAUGGAAGUCCGGAAGGAUAUUAAGGAUAAAAAUAUUCACGCUUACUGGCCUGUAUUCUAUAUUACUGGACGUAAGCCUGAGAAGGAAGAUUCUGUGCCUCCGGACCCCGUUUCGCCUGAAGCUGCCGCCCCCGCCGAGGCCGCCACCUCCCCAUCGGAACCGGCAGCGGCGAACAGUCCACAGCCGGCAGCGGCGACUUGA